AUGCCGCGUCAGUGCUGCCGCUUCUAAGAUGGCGGCCGGAAAGGUUUGGCGACCCGGAAAGGUUAUUUUAGGGGGCUAAGGAAGAUGGCGUGGACCUGCUGCGCCCGCGUUUGGGUUAGACAGGAGUUAUGGAGUAGCGGGAUUCGGGCACGUAGGUCUACUUUGUAUACACAACAAAGAAAUGGAUUCAGAAGACCAGCACAGAAGAACGAUUUCCAAAGGCCUAACUCAAAAGCCAGUCCCAAACCACAGAGAAGUGGUUUGUCUCCUCCGGUAGAGGAUGUAAUCUUUCCAACAACUUCCCAUGCAGUGAAGAAGCUUGUGAAGCCAUUCUUCUUCACAAUUGGGUUUUCAGGUUGUGCUUUUGGCUCAGCAGCUAUUUGGCAAUAUGAAACUCUCAAAGCAAAGUUCCAGAAAUAUUUUGAAAAUACUCGAGCAGACUGGAUAGAUAGGAUGAAGCUACGUACAGAGCUGGACAUCAGAAGGGAGAUUCACCUGUGGUGGAAAUCAUUGAGUGAAGGGCAGCGUGCUGUGUCAGGUAUUAUAGCAGCAAAUGUCUUAGUAUUCUGCUUAUGGCGGGUACCUGCUAUGCAGCGGAUAAUGGUCACAUAUUUUACAUCUAAUCCGGCUUCUCGAGUUUUGUGCUUUCCCAUGGUGCUGUCUACCUUUAGUCAUUUCUCAUUUCUGCACAUGGCAGCCAACAUGUAUGUUCUGUGGAGCUUCUCAACCAGUAUAGUCACUCUUCUGGGACCUGAGCAGUUCAUGGCAGUAUAUUUCUCUGCUGGUGUUGUUUCCACAUUUGUAAGUUAUGUCUGCAAAAUGGCCACAGGAAGGUUUGGACCAUCACUUGGAGCUUCAGGUGCAAUAAUGUCGAUCCUUGCAGCCGUAUGUACAAAGAUGCCAGAAGCCAAGCUCGCCAUAAUAUUUCUCCCAAUAUUCACGUUUACAGCUGGAAAUGCUUUAAAAGCCAUUAUUGCAAUGGACAGUGCAGGACUUGUUUUCGGUUGGAAGUUUUUUGACCAUGCUGCUCACCUUGGGGGAGCUCUGUUUGGCAUGUGGUAUGUAACAUUUGGGAAUGAACUUAUCUGGAAGAACAGAGAACCAUUGGUGAAGGCUUGGCAUAAUAUAAGGAAUGGGAGUUCAAAGAAGUGAGUCACCGUUAUUGGAUUUUAGAAGAUGCUUG